AUGUUAUCGGAAUUAUUAUCAAAGAAGACGGGCGAUGAUCAGAAUACAACAUCAUCUUCAUCGGAACCUUCAACUACCAAGUAUCCAUAUACAACUAGUGUUGUUGCUGAUGGUAGAAGAAAAUUUCAUACAACCUAUGAAAAUGGAGUGGAAAUGGUUGAGGAAUUUGAUUUGCAAACUAAUCAAUUAUUAUUGAGAAAGAGGAGAACUGUUUCAAUAUUAGGAGAAGGAACUUGGACAAUUGAAAUUGGAGGUGAGGUUAAAUCCUUCAAUCCAAUUCAUGAUUUGAUUGCUCCAUCAACAGUCAAUCCAAUUUUUAUGAGAAAGGAUACAUCCACAUUAUUCCAAUGGAGAGUUAGAAACUGUUUCUAUGAACCUAAUGUAUAUAAGGUCAAUAUCGACCAUGAAAAACAAGAAAUUGUCAUUAGUACAACUAAUAAGAAGUAUUAUAAACGAUUCUCGAUACCAGAUAUGAAAGAAUCACCAAAAACUAAAUUAAAUGAUGAAAGUUUGUCAUUUAAAUUGGAGAAUAAUACCCUCAUCAUUUCGUAUGUAAAACCAGACUUGAUACUGAAGAAAGAAAGAGCAAAAGAAAUGGAACUUGCUUCAAUGAAAAGCGAGAGACCACCCAGAGAUGGAGAUGUACAAUGCCCGCAACAAUAA